AUGGUGGGAAUGGCAGUGCUGGACGAAGGGUCGUCUUCGGUGGCGUCGUCCCCGCUGCAGUUCCUCUCCCUGAUGUCCAUCUCCCGGACCGCGCUUGCCGCUGGCCGCGGCUCGCCGCCGGCGGCCCAGGAAAUGAAGUCCGACGAGCGGGGGAUCUUCCUCAUCCACCUCCUCCUCAACUGCGCCAAUUACGUCGCCGCCGGCGACCUCGAGCACGCCAACGCCUGCCUGGAACACAUCGCCCUCCUCGGCGCCUCCCCCGACGGCGACACCAUGCAGCGCAUCGCUGCUCUCUUCACCGACGCCCUCGCCCGCCGCCUCCUCCGCUCCUCCUGGCCGGGCAUCUUCCGGGCCAUCACCACCACCGCCGGUGUCGGCGGCGCCACCACUGCCGCCCCCUCCCCCGCGUCCGCCGCCCUCCUCGCCCGGCGCCAUUUCUUCGACCUCUGCCCCUUCCUCAAGCUCUCAUACGUCAUCGCUAACCAAGCCAUUCUGGAGGCCAUGGAAGGGGAGCACGUCAUCCACCUGAUCGACCUCCACGCCGCCGACCCUUCCCCAUGGAUCGCUCUCCUCCAGGCCCUGAGCCGCCGGCAAGAGGGCGCCCCCCACCUCCGCAUCACCGGCGUCCACGACCAGCGAGAGGUCCUCGAGCUCGUAGCCUCCCGCCUCUCCGACGAGGCCGAGAAGCUCGACGUGCCUUUCCAGUUCAACCCCGUCGUCUCCAAGCUCGAGGAUCUCGACACAGAGCGGAGCCUCCGCGUGAAGACCGGCGAGGCCGUCGCCGUCUGCUCCAUCCUCCAGCUACACCGCCUCCUCGCUCCCGACGCCUACCGGAAGCCGUCGAGCCCAUCCAGAUCCUCGGCUCUGCGCAGUGGCGACUCCGGCGUGUCCUCCGCGCCGUCACCACCGUGCUCGACGAGGAUGGACGCUUUCCUGGCGGCGCUGUGGGGACUGGCCCCGAAGGUCAUGGUGGUGGUGGAGCAGGAGUCCGACCACAACGGCGGCUCCCUGGUGGAGCGGUUCACGGAGGCGCUCAACUACUACGCGGCGCUAUUCGACUGCCUCGAAUCCGCGGCUGCCGCCGCCGGCGGCCGCGGGGAGGAGCGGGCGCGGGUGGAGAGGGCGUUGUUCGGGGAGGAGAUGAGGGACAUCGUCGCCACCGAGGGGGCGGAGCGGCGGGAGCGGCACGAGCGGCUGGAGCGGUGGCUGCGGAGGAUGGACUGCGCAGGAUUCCUGCGGGUCCCGCUCAGCUACUACGCGCUGCUGCAGGCACGCCGGCUGCUGCAGCAAGGCUACACCGGAUGCGGCGGCUACGGCGUGCGCGACGAGGCCGGCGGGUGCCACGCGCUGUGCUGGCAGGACCGCGCGCUCUUCUCCGUCUCCGCCUGGUGCUGCCGCCGCUUCGACUGA